UGACAAAGGGGGAAGUGAAGAGCGAGAAGAAAAGAAUGGCAGGAUCAGCUGAGAAGUUGUUGUUAUGUUUUAAUAUGUUUCUUGUACACCUACAGUUGUGGUCGUUUUUGCUGCCAAUCUCCUACUCGGCAACUGUCACAUAUCUUCCUGGGUUUCAGGGCCCUCUUCCCUUUGAAUUGGAAACUGGGUACGUGGGUGUAGGGGGGGAGUCGGAGGAGGAUGUGCAGCUGUUUUACUACUUUAUAAAGUCGGAGAAGAAUCCAAAGAAAGACCCUGUUUUGCUUUGGCUCACAGGGGGCCCUGGUUGCUCCAGUUUAUCUGGCCUUCUUUAUGAGAUUGGUCCACUUCGUUUGGUGAUGGAGGAGUACACGGGCAGCCUACCCAAUCUCAGUUAUAAUCCAUAUUCAUGGACAAAGGUAGCGAGCAUAAUUUUUGUAGACUCGCCUGUAGGGACUGGAUUCUCCUACUCCAGAAGCUCCCAAGGAUAUCAGACUGGCGACUUCGAAUCAUCUAAACAUCUUUACCAAUUCCUUUCCAAGUGGAUGAUUGGCCACCCAGAGUUUGUCGAGAAUCCCUUCUAUGCUGCUGGAGAUUCAUAUUCUGGCAGGACCGUUCCGCUUGUUACUAAACUUAUAUCUGAUGGCAAUGAAGCUGGUAGUGAACUGUUUAUCAAUAUUAAAGGAUAUAUACUCGGCAACCCUACAACAGAUCCAGUUCUUGAAAGCAACAAAUUAGUGCCAUAUGCUCAUGGGAUGGGUCUUAUAUCAGAUGAACUUUAUGAGUCAGUGAAGAAUAGUUGUGGAGAGAACUAUGUACAAAUAGAUCCCACCAAUGUACAAUGUUUGAAGGAUAUACAGUCAUUCCAUAAGUGCAUUUCAGGACUAAACACUGCACACAUUUUGGAGCCAUUAUGUGAUUUUGGAUCCCCAAAACCCAAAGAGAGAGUCGGAGAUAGAAGAUCUCUUACGCAGAAUUAUAAGGAGUACUUCCUCGUUCCACAUCCCUCUAAUUCUGUACUUGACUGCAGGGACUAUGCUUAUUAUUUAACAGAGUGCUGGACGAAUGAUAAUAGUGUCCGUAAUGCUCUCCACAUCCAUAAGGGAUCCAUUGGGAAGUGGCAAAGGUGUCACCGUGACCUACCUUAUUCACAUGAAAUCCAAAACAGCAUUCAAUAUCAUGUAAAUCUCAGUAAAAAAGGUUAUCGAUCUUUAAUAUACAGUGGUGAUCAUGACAUGAUGGUUCCGUUCGUGGCUACGGAAGCUUGGAUAAAAUCUCUCAACUACUCUAUCAUUGAUGAAUGGAGGUCAUGGAUCGUUGAGGGCCAAAUAGGCGGAUAUACCAGGACUUAUUCCAACCGCAUGACAUUUGCCACUGUAAAGGGAGGAGGGCACACGGCUCCAGAGUUCAAGCCUAAGGAAUGCAUUGCUAUGUUCAACCGCUGGAUUUCUGAAGAACCUCUGUAACCACAUUUAAGUUACAGAGCUCCAAAUCUACUGUUCAGCUUUGCUUUAG